AUAAUAUCCCACAGUCCAUGAAGGCAGCAGUGGAUCAUGGCUGAGGCGGUUAACACGGUGAGUGUCUGAUUAUCCCACAGUCCGUGAAGGCAGCAGCAGUGGAUCAUGGCUGAGGCGGUUAACACGGUGUCUGACAGUGAGCAGCUGGCUGCGAAGCCUCGACCCAAACGCAGACGCAUCCUCGACCCUUCAGCUAUCGUCUCGGUGCCCGUUUACUCCAACAAGGUGAGCAGCAGUCUGCAGAUGAAGCCGACGGCGGCCAUGUUCAGUGAAAAGGAAAUCUCAGACGACGCUGCAGACGACAGUUUGUGGUCACAGUUUUCAUCUCGAGGACCGGCGGCAGCGGCAGCGGCAGCGGCCGUCGUCGCCCUCAGUGACUCUGAGGAGGACGAAGCAGAACACGUACAGAACAAAACACAACCAGCAGCCAUCCGCUGCCCGUCUCCUCCAGAGAGUCCCGUCCAGAAACAGUCCAGACAGGUCAAGAGGAAGAUCAGCGAGAUCGACAGAAAGCUCCGGGCGGUGAACUCCCUCAUGUCUCCUGAACCUCUGGGAAGGAAGUCCGUCGAGGUGCACGAUGACGACGAUGACGACGACGUCCUCAUCGUGAACCAGAACCCCAGUCUUCAGGAUUCUCCUCACAGCUCGUUGGUCCGCGAGAUCCCCCUCAAGAUCCGCUGCCGGACAGACGUCCACAAGAUCCCCGUUCUGUCGUCGACGCCUUUAAGCGACGUGGUGACCCGGCUGUCCGUCGUCCUAAACGUCCCUCCUCAUUGCCUCCUGCUGAUGAGGGAGGAAGUGGAGCUUCCAACGGACUCCACCGUCGGUGAGCUCGGCCUCGGCAUCGCUGACAUCAUAGAGUGCGUCGUCAUGGCGGCGGAGGAUAAAAGUGCGGGCGACUUCAGCAGCAGCAGCGGCAGCAUCACCGUGAGGCUGCAGAGCAAAGACCGAGACUCUUCUCAGGAGUUCUCUCUGCACAGAGACGCACCGCUGAGCUCCGUCUUCUCCCGGUACCUGUCAAAUAUGUCCACCGUCGCCCAGAGGACGGUCCGCUUCCACUUCGACGGCUGCAAAGUGACGGACAGACAGACGCCGGCUCAGCUGGACAUGGAGGACGGAGACAUCAUCGAAGUUUGGACUUAGAGUCAUUUCACAACCUCUAUUAUAUACGUGUAAAACCACUCAGCUGGUACGUUAGUUACUUUAUUUGUAAAAAAGUCACUUUAUUUGUAAAUGCUGACGAUAAAAGAUGACGGGAUUAUAUGUUUGGACAUUUUUAACAGUAAACAUAUACGAGCCCUUCCAUCAUUGUACAAUUCUAAAGUUAUUUUUUACUGUUUUUGUGUCUGUACUAUAACCUGUACUUAUUACUUUUUUACUGUUAUUGAAAAUAAUAAAAGCAGAAGUUGCUCUCUGUGAGAUAA